AUAAUUCUCACGAGUUGUUUGUCUACUUGGCAAAUCAGCUGUCAGUGUUUAGUCCCUUCUUCAGCCACCAGCACCACAGGCACCGACAGGAUGGCACAGACAGAGUGGACUCGUCUCUUCCAAAUGAAAAGCAAUAUUUUUAAAGAAGGAGAUUCUUGGUGUCUGCAGUUUGAUGAAAGUCUUGUUCCUGACUCCCCAAACUCAGGCUGGAAGCAGUACAUCCGGAACACCUGUGCCAGGUUCAAGUGCACCCAGUGUGGAAGAGGCUGGCCUUCUAACCGGGUGAUGGUGGUCUUCCACAUGCGCCUGACAGACGAACAGGGCGUUGUCAAAGUGAGGGCCUUCCGCCAGAACUGCAAGAUGUGCAGCGAAGCCGCGAUGGAAACGCCCAGCAUCACAACAGAGAACAUUGACAUCCUCCUGGAGAAUCUGGUGGAGAAGAUAAGAAUAAAAUGCUACCACGAAGACCUGGGCAAAGAAUGCAAGCCUUUUGUAGCCAUGGAAGUCAAAAGUCCCCAUGAGCCUGCUCAUUGUGAGGCCUGCCUUGCAGGCAUUUGUAACAGGAAUUAAGUUUGCGUCGCUUUCAAGCAAGUCUUUUUGUUAAUUUAAAAGAAUUAUAAUCGUCUCAGGCUUUAAUGCUUAAACUCAUGUAAGCAAAUCAUGAAUUAUAUAUUACAAUAAUGUUUGCAUAUAUAUCAUGUCAUUGUAUUGUGCAAUCUAUCAGAUUUAUUCUUGUUGGUAGUCAGUGGUCUUUAAAAUAUUAAUGUAUCGGCUACAAAGCAUUAAACGAGCCUUCUUAUCAUCAGAAAUGUGAUGGAUAAAUAAAGUGUAU